CAACACGGCCCCCUCACACCAGUUGCAGUAUUGUACUGUCGGGACCCUUGCGUCUUCCAAUGACUCCGUGUCGGGAGACGCGAUGGGUGGAGGAUAGCGGGCUUCUCCGGCGGUGGAGAAGUGCGGCGAGAGCCGGUUCAGCAUGCAUCACGGUCCCUGGCGCGGGCCAGCAUGGUAGAUCGCGAACGAGGGUGGAUGGUCUGGCCAUGUGCCCGCGUGACAUUGUCCAGGGAUCGGCUCGGAGUGAGGUUCUCUUCCUCAACUGGGUCGUGAGGGCUCACCCUUCAUUAGCCCGACACAGCGUACUUAAGCAAAGCGGGCAGAGUCCAAAGACAGCUGCAGCUAAUUUGCGCUUGAGGUUCCUUGUAACAGACCACGUUAGGUGACUAGUCUCUGGUCUUUUGCUAUGGGUGAUCUUUUGUGGGCUAGGUCAGCGGGAACGCAGUCGUGCUCGCACAAUCCAGAGUUGGCCCUGGGUCUGUUUGUUCCUCCGUUAUCCAGCACCGCCGCUCGUUAGACGGCCGCAUAUUAUUGAUUGACUACGUUGCUGAGCUAUGCUCCUGAGUAUGGGGCUGGGUCACUGGUAGGAAUCGAUCCUAAGCCACUACAGCAGAGGUCUCAUUCUACUCAAAAUUUUCAUAUCAAACUUCCAGCCGUGAGGUCGCUGGUCUACUAGUAGAGGUCUCAUUCUACUCAGCAGCUCCCCUGACAUUUUGCUAUUUUCGUG